AUGUCAUCCAGUCUUCCCUCGACAUCUGAGAAAACACGAUCGCAAGACUCCAAUGAAUGGGACGCACGCAUCCUUGAUGAAAAGGUUAAUAAUCACGGGAAGAAAUUCUAUCUCGUAGAAUGGGUGGAUGAGCCCAAGCCCGGGAAACCUCCGAAAACCUGGGCGAAUGAGUGGAUCUCCGCCAGGAGAGCCUCCAGGGAGCUCAUAGAAUCAUGGGAGACCCAAAAAAGAGAAAAUGAGAUGCUACGUGAAACAGAUCGCCAAAGGGAACUUCGAUUGGCGCGCGAGAACGGGAAAUUGCGGGAGUCGAAGAGGACAGCUACCGAGGCCUUCGGCUUAAAUCACCGCAAGUCUGGCACCUCAAGACUGUCUGCCUCCGCGACAAGGAAAAGGAGGAAACUUUUUUUGUCGUCGUCUCCUGAAACUAGUGAACAUGGGACUGCCCCACCAACUUCCCAAUAUCCUAUGAAGGAGAAGGAUGCCAAAUCUAAACCGUCUUCCAGACUCAAUGACGAUGAUACAUACACACCGAGCUUGUCGGUUGACGACGACUCCGACUCCGACGCUGACUUUGUUGCUAGUUUGCUUUCCCCAUCGCGACGAUCUGAAACUAAAUCUCAGCUAGUGCGGGGCAACUCUAACGUACCCACUCGCCUUUCCAACGGACGUAGCUCGGUAUCAGAAGAAUCGGGAACGAAUGAAACAUAUCCCAUCACCAGAGCUCUUUCCCAGAGACAGAACGCAUCAAGUUCUGUCCGGAAAGUAGGAAGGACCAGUCACGCUCAGAGCCCGGCGAAGUCCAAGGAGGUAUCACCCACUCAAUAUCGAGCGGAAGUCAUAUUGCCCGUUCGUCCACCUCUUUCUCCUGUCUCUUCAAAGGCCCCAUCAUACUCUCAACGGUCCGACCCCAUUGAAUCCGCGAAUUUCUCUUCCCAGCCUAAUCCCAGCAAAACUUUACAUCGGAAUGAACCAACUGAUAACAUUUCCUCGUUCACUCCAACCAACCCUACUUGCUCUGUGUCUAAUCCUGUCUUAGGUUCCGAGUCCACUGUUUCCCGUUCCUCGAUGGACAACGGACAGCCAAGAAAGUCAUUCGCUAUCAUGAGCUUACAAACUCCCUCUAUCGCUAACCCUCGAGAAUCUGAGAGUGUCAGGCGAGAGUCACCUGUUGAGGACUACCCACCCAGCCAAGAGACGGGUGCCUCGUCGGAUCGGCAAACGGAUACGAGAAAGGAUUUCAAAGCGGACAAUCAUGCUGCGGCUCAGUUAUUACUACCUUCUGUGGCGGGCAACUUCAAUGACGCGUUCAUGGUCAAUUCUGGGAUCAAUGAUGAACCUGCAGGGCUGGACUCAAGAACUGUCUUGACUCAGUCUGUUGUACCGGCGACCGUAAGUGACAAUGCCGGGGACACAACCAUUACAUCUCAGUCAUCUUCUAAUCCAUCUAUGUCGCAGCAGCUCAAAUCGACUUUGGAUCUACUUGACAGCAGAAACCACAUGAUCAAUGACCUACGGAAGCAGAAGGCGGAUGUUGAGGCUCGGCUUAUCGCGGCUCUUCGUUCCUCCGAGCCCCACAUCUCUUCUAAUGAUGACUGGGAUGCUAUUAUCGCCGCCUUGAGAGCCCAGAAUGUGGCUUUAGAAUCCCAACUGAACAAGGUUGCCCCGUCAUUUGAACAGCAAAUCGGGGAAUUGCGUAUCCAAGUGGAGGAGCUGGCGGAACGGGAUGCCCGGCAUGAUCACAGCGCUCAGGAGCUCACGCACCAGCUCGCAAUGAUGCGUACUGAACUGGAGCAAGCACGUUCCACCAACCGAGAGCUCUCUCAAGUGAAUAGGAAGCUAGCGGGAACAAUCGCUAGACUAGAGAAAAACGUUGCUCAUGCCUCCAAUGACAUGGCCUCUACCCGGAGCAGGAUGGAGUCCCAGCAGGAACUCAUAGCAGAUCUCAAGACACAGGUGGACAAUCUCGCGAAUCGCCUACGCGCGCACGCAAAGAGCAGCGGCAACGAUAUUACCAACCGUGAAUCCGAAGCCCAACGAGACGAGAUUCAGAAACUCAGGCACGAACUUAGUAACCAGGGUCCCAAUAUUCGGCAAGAUGGGAAUGCAAAUCGAGAAGCGGAGCUGAAGCGGGCACUCGCAGCGUCGGAGGAGCGUAUUGCCUCACUCAUUGCUCAAACAUCCAGCGAUGCCGAGGAAUCAUCCCGUCUACGCGCUUCUUUAGACGAGGAACGAGAACUUCAUCAGUCAUCGAAAGACAGUAUUGAAUAUCUCCGCCAGCGGUACCAGCAUGCAUCAGACGCGGCAGCGAAAUUAGGUCAAGAAAAUCGCAUACUUGAAAGAAAGAAUGAUCAAGCAGCCUCCCAGGCUAACGACGGCGUCAAGCAGGCCCAGCUUUUCUAUAGGACGCAGAUCCAACGGCUUGAACAAGAACUCGACCAAAGUAACACCCGCGUCGCCAUUCUCAACAAGAAAGGAAUCAGAACUGUCACUGGAAACAUCGAUACACUCGAGGUCGAUUAUAGGAGUCUUACGUUUCGUCAUGAACAACUGCGGCAAGAGCAUUCGGAGUUGGAAAACGACUUGCACGACUUGCAGCUGGUGGCAGUGGAAUUUAAGGAGCACGUAGACCGCCUCGCCGCAGUGGGAGUGGACGUUGACUACCCCAUCGAAUACGUCAUAGACGAUGUCAUCGAACGCUUCAACUUCCUCCUGGAGCCCUGGAAUCAUUUCAACAGACUCAGUGAUGUUGGGAUUGAUGUAGAGUUGGAGCCGAAAAGUUUCGAAGCGCUUGUUGAUCGAAUUAUUGCGCGGAUCCGAGCCCCCAUAGGUGUCGAGCUUGAGUCUAACUUGAACGAGCCUAACCCUGCAAUUUCUACUCAGACCCAGCAGAGUGGGACCCUGCCUACCGAUCGUCCCCUUUCUCCACCUGACUUCUCGAACAUCAAUGACGAUGUUACUGACGCACAGUACCGUGAAACUUCGCCUGCCUCCUUAGCCUUGCCACCCGCAGAUACCUCGCUGUUAUCGAAGUCAGAACCAGUGCCCUUACCCUCGAGCCAGAACCAGCCUACUGCCCUUCUAUCCAACACACCACCCUACACACAGCAAGAUCCACAGGAUGAGGUCUUCCCAUGUCCAGUGUUGGAAAAACCCCAUGAGCCAUGUUUGAGUACUUUUCUGGCACGAGAUGAGCUUAAACGACACAUCCUUGAUUCGCAUGUUGAACUUACUCUGUACACUUUCAACACUGCGCAAUCAAAACCCAACCCUAAUUCAUAA